AUGAAUCUUUCUAGUGAAGGAGAAAAACAUAUUUUUAAUUUCUUGCAACAGCAAAAUUGUUGCUUAAGAUGUUGUCUUCGUUUUAUUGGAUGGCGUACGCUAAAUUGCUACGAAAAUCCGGUUAAAUUUGCAAGACAAUCUGGAUAUAUUGAAGAAAAGGAAGUUUCUUUCAAUGAUGAAAUAAUUUGCAUAGCCUGUCUAGGAAUUCUCCAAAAUAAAGUACAACAACAAGUUGUUGAAAAAAUUGAAGUUGAAGUAAAAAAACAAAAUUAUGACAGUGAAACAUUUACAUGUGCAUUAACAGUACCAGUAUGCAUCAGCCUCAGGGAACGUUUCUUACAUAUACAAUGUGCUAUGCAACUUAAUUUUUCAAAAGAAACAUUGUUAGAAUUUAGAACCAAGCUACAAAAUGUCAAAGAUGUUUGGAAAUGGAUAAUGACACCCAAAAUAGAACAAGCAAUUAUGAAACAAGUGAAUUUAACAAUAUCUUCUCCUUUCUUGAUCGAAAUUAUUUUAACAUACAAAUGUAAUGAGAAAGAAUGUGAAACAUUACUAAACAUGUAUAAACGAAAUGUUAUGGGAAAUAAACAAAAAAGAAAAUUCAAUGAUAAUAAAGUUAGUAGAAAAAGCAUAGAAGCUGUAAUGGCCAAAGUAACGGAUGAAGAAUUUUCUGAGUAUUGUAAAGCUUCAUCAUUCAAAACAUAUGAUAGUAUUGAUGUAGAAAAUAUCAUAUGUUCAUAUUCAAGUAUCUUUAUAGGAGGAAGGUAUAUUAAGCUAUCAAGAGAACUUAGUCAAACACCAUGGUUCAUAAAUGGUGAGAAAAAGAUGCAGACUUCAGUUCAAGAUAUAUUAUGUAAUCCUAUUGUUGAAGUAGUAAAAGCUCAAUCUAUUAAAUUUUUAUCAUCUGGAAGAGAAGAUGUGGAUGUCAGAAAUAUAUAUUCAGGAAGGCCUUUUGCAGUUGAAUUAAUUAAUCCUCGAAUGACCAAAAUAACCGAAAAGUUAUUAUCAUAUUUGGUUAACAGAAUUAAUCAAUCUUCACAUCAAGUACAGAUUACGUCAAACUUAAAAGUUUUGUCUAAAUUUGACUUAAAAAGGUUGAAAGAAGGUGAAAAUAUUAAAACGAAAUUUUAUCGAGCACUUUGUGUUUGUCGUAAUGCAUCUAAAAACAUGCUAUCUCUUGAAGAAUUAAAUAAUUUAAAACGAGUAAAAAUAGUACAAAAGACACCAGUAAGGGUAUUGCAUCGACGGCCUUUAAGUCCCAGGGAACGUUUAAUAUAUGAGAUGAGAGCGCGUUGGGUAGAACAUCAGGAAUUAAAAAAAUUGGAUAUUACUAUUGAAGGUGCUAGUAUGUUCUUUGUAUUAGAUAUCAAGACACAAGCUGGAACUUACGUAAAAGAAUUUAUACAUGGAGAUUUUGGACGAACUAAGCCGAGUUUAUGCGACAUUCUUAAUGUUGAAAUUGAUAUAGUUGCAUUAGAUGUAACAGGGAUUAAUUUAAACUGGCCAUAA